AUGGACGUAUCAAGCGAACACAGCGCAGGUCAUUCAACAACAGAGGGCGCGGCUAGAGCCAAACUUCAACUUCCAGCAAGUUGUGAUCCACCUCAAUUCGAGGCCCCCAGAAAACAACUGGUGUGGGUGGUAUUCGGUGGCACUGGGCAUAUGGGCCGGUCACUCGUGAAGUCCGCCUUAUCUCAUGGCGACCUCGUCACUUCUGUCGGUCGAGUCUUUGAGACAACUCCCGAAGAUAUGUCAGCACAGGACAACGACAGUUGCCUGGGUCUCUUGUGUGACGUACGAGCCAGAGAUUCAGUUGCCCGCGUUAUCGAGAAAAGUUUGGAUCGAUUUCAGCGGGUUGAUGUCGUCGCGAACUGCUCCGGGUACGGCGUAAUUGGGGCCUGUGAGGACCAAGACGAGCAUGAGAUUCGUAACCAGUUCGAGACCAACUUCAUGGGUACUCUCAAUAUCAUACAGGCCAGUCUGCCCUACUUUCGCCACCAGAACGCUGGUCGAUAUUUGAUCUUCAGCUCAACUUCAGGUGCUCUGGGCGUUCCGGGUCUGGGUCCGUACUGUGCUACCAAGUAUGCCGUUGAGGGUCUCAUAGAGGCCAUGCUGUACGAGACCGACUCGUUCAACGUAAAGGCGACUCUUGUCGAGCCAGGUUUUGUGCGAAGAGACGAGCCAGAUACAAUGCCCACGCCUCUACCGACAUGGGGUCACUUCCUCAUCAAACCGGCCAGCGAAGCCUACGCACAAGCAACCUCACCAGCCCUGCAUGCAAAGCGAAUGGUCCAAUGGCUAGGAGAUCGGCAACCAACAAGCGCCGUCAAGUGCGCGGAGCUUGUUUGGCAGCUCGCUCACUGCUCAUAUCCUCCGCUGAGGUUGCUUCUUGGCAGCUAUGCCAUUGAAAGCAUACGGGACAGGCUGCGGUCGGUCACCGAGGAGCUCGAGGACUGGAAGCAUCUGAACUUCCCAGUUGCGCCUGAAACGGGUGUUGAAGUGGAUGGCAAGGACAGCAAGGCAGAUCACGAUGAGUUCAUGGCCGAUUCUAUCCAGGAUGCACAAGGACAAGUUACGACAUGA